AUGACUCCGGAUAGUGAAUGUAAUUUAUCAACGUUAAAAAUGGAAAGAGAAGAAAAUGUAGACGAAGAAAAUGAUUUUUACACUGCAGCUGCAAAAUAUUGGGAACACAUUCCACCAACUGUGGAUGGAAUGCUUGGUGGAUUUGGAUUCAUUUCUCAAACAGAUACUAAGGGUUCAGCAAUUUUUUUAAAGGCUAUACUUGAGUCAAAGUAUGCACCAUCAAAAACCUAUGCAUUGGACUGCGGUGCAGGCAUAGGAAGAAUAACUAAGAAUCUAUUAUUAAAUCAUUUUAAACGUGUUGAUUUAGUAGAACAAAAUUCAAAAUUUCUAGAGGUUGCUAAAACAUACUUGAAAAACUAUUCUACAAGAAUUGGCAACUAUUAUUCCAAUGGACUCCAAAACUUUCACUUUACCACAAAGAAAUAUGAUGUCAUUUGGUGUCAAUGGGUUUUGGGUCACUUAAGGGAGGAUCAUUUAGUAGAAUUCUUUAAAAAUUGUUUGAUGGGUUUAAGGCCUAAUGGUUUAAUAAUAGUUAAAGAAAAUGUAACAACUUCUAAAAAUUUAGAAGUUGAUACAAAGGAUUCUUCUGUAACACGUCCACUAUCUGAAUUUUAUCGUAUAUUUGAGAAGUCUAAUUUAAUUUGUAUUAAAGAAGAACAACAACAUAAAUUUCCACGUGGAUUAUAUCCAGUUUAUAUGUUUGCCCUAAAACCUGCUGACACUCCUUAAAUUUGUAAAAAACUGGCAUCUAAUUAAUAAACUGUCUCAUUGUUU